UUCUAUGUUUUUUUCUCCUUAUCAAUAAUUUUACUUAAAAAAAAAAAAAAAAAAAAAAAUUAUUUGUCAAAGCCCAAUUAAUAUCUGAGGAAAAAAAAAAAGAAGUUAUGGAUUAUUCUUCUCGCUGGGCUUUGCCAAUUAUCUUAGUUUGUUUUUUAGUAGUUUUAUUAUCUAAUAAUGUUGUGUUUGCUUCCCACAAAGUUUUUGUUCAUUUACAAUCUCAAAGUGCUGUAAAUGUUAAAACUGUUCAUAGAACUGGUUAUCAUUUUCAACCUGAAAAACAUUGGAUAAAUGAUCCUAAUGCACCAAUGUAUUUCAAUGGAAUCUAUCAUCUAUUCUACCAGUACAACCCAAAUGGGUCAGUAUGGGGCAACAUUGUUUGGGCUCAUUCAGUUUCAAAAGACUUAAUUAACUGGAUCAACUUAGAGCCCGCGAUUUACCCUUCCAAACCAUUUGACAAGUUCGGUACAUGGUCCGGGUCAGCUACUAUUCUACCCGGUAACAAGCCCGUUAUCUUGUACACCGGUAUAGUAGAUGCCAACAAUACCCAAGUCCAGAACUAUGCCGUUCCAGCCAACAUAUCUGACCCAUAUCUUCGUGAAUGGAUCAAGCCCGACAACAACCCUUUGAUAGUUGCCGAUAUUGGAGUCAACAAGACCCAGUUUCGCGACCCGACAACAGCUUGGAUGGGCCAAGAUGGGCGUUGGAGAAUAGUGAUCGGAGCUCAGAGGAAGAGAAGAGGGUUAGCCAUAAUGUAUAGAAGCAAAGACUUCACGAAAUGGAUCAAAGCCAAACAUCCACUCCACUCGACUAACGGUACUGGAAACUGGGAAUGUCCAGAUUUUUUCCCAGUUGCAUUAAAGGGCACUAAUGGGCUAGAACAAUAUGGUGAAGAACAUAAGUAUGUGCUUAAGAAUAGUAUGGAUGUCACUCGAUUCGAGUACUAUACUAUUGGUAAGUACGAUACCAAAAAGGAUAGGUACAUUCCAGAUGCUGGUUCGAUCGAUAGUUGGAAGGGAUUGAGAUUGGACUACGGUAACUACUAUGCAUCAAAGUCGUUCUAUGACCCAAGCAAGAACAGAAGGGUUAUCUGGGGUUGGUCUAACGAAUCGGAUAUAUACCCUGAAGAUGAUAACGCGAAAGGAUGGGCUGGAAUUCAGUUGAUCCCACGUAAAUUAUGGCUCGACCCUAGUGGUAAACAGCUGAUUCAGUGGCCUGUUGAAGAGUUAGACGCCCUUAGAACCCAAAAGGUUCAACUGAGCAAGAAGAAGCUGAACAACGGAGAGAAGGUUGAAGUUAAAGGAAUCACACCCGCGCAGGCUGACGUUGAAGUGACAUUCUCUUUCUCAAGUCUGGAAAAGGCUGAGCCAUUCGAUCCUAGUUGGGCUGAUCUCUACGCGCAAGAUGUGUGUGCUCUCAAGGGUUCAUAUGUUCAAGGAGGGCUUGGACCCUUUGGUCUUGCAACAUUGGCUACCGAAAACUUGGAAGAAAACACACCAGUUUUCUUCCGAGUUUUCAAAGCACAACAAAAUUACAAAGUUCUCCUGUGCUCUGAUGCUAGGAAGUCAACUUUGAAGAAAAAUGAAACAAUGUACACAAACAAAUCUUCAUUUGCUGGAUAUGUGGACGUUGAUUUAAAAGACAACAAGUUGUCUCUCAGGAGUUUGAUUGAUAAUUCAGUAGUAGAAAGCUUUGGUGCUGGUGGGAAGGUAUGCAUAACAUCAAGAGCUUAUCCAACAUUAGCAAUUAAUGAAAAGGCACAUUUAUAUGCCUUCAAUAAUGGAACUGAGCCAAUUACAAUUGAGACUUUGGAUGCAUGGAGUAUGGGCAAAGCUAAGAUACAAUACUAAGAAAAAAAAUAGAAAUUGGGAGAAAGGAACUUUGGUCAAGAGGAAAAUAUGUGAUUUUGGUGGACAUAAAAAGAGUAGGUCAUUUUUAUGUUUCAACUCAAUUUCUUGUCUACAAAAUUAGAUAUACCUCAAGGCCAGAAAAACAACAUUGUAUAUAUAUUUAUCCUAUAUGUACAAUUUAUGGUAAUAAUGUUAUGUUCUUGCUUUCAAAAUAA